AUGAACAUAGCCACGGCCACCACCACAGGCCCCCAAUCCGGUCCCGCAGUCUGCAUCUUGCUCUAUUUGGGAUGCAUAAUGGUGAUGUUCCUUAGUGAAGAAGGUGAGAGGAGGAUGCUAAACUUGAAGGGCUUUUUGGAAAUUGCUUUAGGCCUAGAGAUUGAUCAAGGUGGGGAGAUUGGUAAAGGGAGUAUUAUAAAAGAAACUGGAGGCUCAGAUCUGUUAAAGAGGGAAGAGGAAAAAACAACACCGCCAUGGCUGCAUAAUAAACCGGUUGCGAUGCGACCAAGCCACAACGCCGUCCGGCCUGCCCCGCCAAGAUACGGGUAG